AUAAACUAUUUUUUGUUUCCCAAAACAUGCCUUCGUCUAGUCUAGCCUCACUGCUUUGCUCACAACCAGAGCAGGGGCAGCGACAUCUCUCUCUCUCUCUGCUUCCAGAUCUCCAGAAAUCCGUUGGAUCCAUCGAGCCCAAAGUAGCAGAGUGAUAAAAGAGAAGAUAAGAAUACUCUCAAUCGAUACAUGUAUGAUCUAUGUGUCAAUAAACUAGCGCCAUUGCUAUAGAUUUAGAGAAUCUUGGUUUUGGUUUUUCAGCUGAAACUGAAGUUAGAGAUGGAAGGGGAGGAGAGAUGGUGCGUGGUGACUGGGGGUAGAGGCUUUGCGGCUAGGCAUUUGGUCGAAAUGCUCAUCCGAUACAUGUUUUCUGUUCGUAUUGCUGACUUAGGACCCUCCAUCGAACUUGAUCCCUCCGAGGACAUUGGAACCCUCGGUCAAGCUCUCCGCUCUGGCCGUGCUCAAUACGUCUCCGCCGAUCUUCGCGACAAGUCCCAAGUACUCCAAGUUUGCCGAGGAGCUGAGGUUGUUUUCCACAUGGCUGCUCCAGAUUCAUCCAUCAACAAUCAUGAGCUUCACCAUUCAGUUAAUGUCAAGGGAACACAGAAUAUAAUUGAUGCUUGUGUUGAGCAUAAAGUUAAGAGACUUAUAUACACUAGCUCUCCUAGCGUGGUCUUUGAUGGAGUUCAUGGAAUAAUUAAUGGGGAUGAGUCAUUGCCAUAUCCAGCUAAGCACAAUGAUUCAUAUUCUGCAACUAAAGCUGAAGGAGAGGCACUGGUUAUCAAGUCAAAUGAUAUUAAUGGGCUUCUGACAUGUUGCAUCCGCCCUAGCAGCAUUUUUGGUCCUGGUGAUAAAUUACUUGUUCCAUCUUUGGUAUCUGCUGCGAGGGCAGGUAAAUUGAAGUUUCUUAUUGGUGAUGGCAAAAACAUGUACGAUUUCACUUAUGUUGAGAAUGUGGCACAUGCCCAUAUAUGUGCUGAAAGAGCUCUUGCAUCAGAGAGGAUAGCUGCAGAGAGAGCUGCAGGGCAGGCAUAUUUUAUAACUAAUAUGGAGCCAAUCAAGUUUUGGGAGUUUGUCUCACUUGUUCUUGAAGGUCUUGGUUAUGAAAGGCCAAGAAUUAAGAUUCCAGUCUAUGUUGUUAUGCCAAUUGCGCAUCUGGUCGAGCGGACUUAUAAGCUAUUAGCCCCAUACGGUAUGAAGGUUCCACAAUUCACACCAUCAAGAAUCAGACUUCUCUCUUGCAGCAGAACAUUUAAUUGUUCAAAAGCAAAUGAUAGACUUGGCUACACUCCUAUUGUACCAUUGCAGGAGGGUCUAAGGAGGACAAUUGAAUCAUACUCACAUUUGAGGGCUGAAUGUCGACCUAAAAAGGAUGGUCCAUCAAAAGCUUCCAUAUAUCUUGGAAGAGGAAGGGUUGCUGACAUACUUCUCUGGAGGGAUAAAAGGCAGACGCUUACCACAAUAUUCAUUCUUGUUGCAAUUUACUUUAGCUUCAUAGCACCAGGACAUACCAUCAUUACUGCAGUUUCAAAGUUUCUCCUUGUGGCAUCUGUUUUUCUGUUCAUCCAUGGCAUUCUACCUGAGAAAAUAUUGGGAUAUAAAAUUGAGAAAGUUUCUCGAUCAAAUUUCCAUUUCUCAGAAGAGAUGUCACGCCAAGUCGCUCUGUCAGUGGCUGCGUCAUGGAAUUCUGCAGUAAAUGAUUUAAAAUCUCUUUGCAAAGGGAAUGACUGGACCCUAUUCCUCAAGGUGGUUCUCUCUCUAUCGAUUCUCAGCUUCCUUGGUGCCAUUUCACUGCAGAAUUUGUUUAUUAUAGGACUCCCCAUUGCCUUUGUUGCUUUCUUUGUGUACGAGAAAAAGGAGGAAGAGAUCGAUGGUCUGGUUUUGCAAAUUUUCUCAUUUGGAUGCAAAUUCAAAUCUGAUAUUACCAGAAAAUGCCUUAAAUCUGAGAAGAUUCAGUAAUAGCGAACAAUUGACAAAUCCAAUGUUUUUCGCAUAAAAUUUGUGUGGUUUUUUUUUUUUUUUCAUCUGUCAUUUUGUAGUCUGAAUUUUUUGUAGUGUCAGAUGUACUUAAAUUUCUGGUUUGGUCAAUUGGGUUGAUUUGUUCUUUCUGGGGAGCUCUUUACUCUUAUUUUUCAUUUUCUCUAUUACUAUUAUUUUGUUUGGACAGAGCUAAUGUAUUCCAAAGUUUGUAAUAUGAACAUUGUUAGUGUUGGAGAUAAAUUACUUUUUAUUUUUA